AUGAAAAGCUUCAUAACUUUAGCGGCUCUAGCUGCCAGCGCCCAGGGCCUCACGGGUCGCACUACUAAUUGUUGCUUCCAUCUUACUGCCUCAGGAGGUGCCUCGGGCACCGUUGGCCAGCUCAGCGAUGGACAAAACCGUAUUGGUGACAAUACCCUGUCACCUGCGCAGUUCUGUAUCAGCCCAGAUGGGUCUAUCACGGAUGGCAGUGGCCGUGGCUGCAUCCUAACUCCGCCAACUACUCAAUUCCAGUGUGAUCAGGGUGCCACACCUGAGUCGGGUUUCUCUAUUAGCCCAUCUGGUCUGCUAGAGUUUCAAGGCGGUGCUGACUUCCUCGCUUGUGACACUGGCCAGAACGGUGGUAUGAACAUCCAUGUCACUCCUAGCGCGGCCCUCGGGAAGUGUGUAAACAUCCAAUUGAAGGCCGACUCAUGCGCACCCUCUGCCUCCUCUACCCCCUCUGCCCCGUCAGCCACUUCGUCUGCUAGCAGUAGCUGUCCGACCACGUUGUCAUCCGGCAACUUUGAGUUUCCUCACCUGAUCAUCCUGGUCAACUCAGAGUCUCCCAAUACGCCGUUAGGCAACUCAUUCAACGGCACGGUGACCUCGACCAUCUCAAGCAUAUUCAACUUCGAUAUUCCCCAGUCUGAUUCUGGCAAGACGUGCACAUUAGUCUUCCUAUUUCCCCGGCAAGCUGAUCUUCAGACCUCUUCCUUUAGUUUCAGCGGUGACGGCCAGAUAAACUUUUCCAAGCUUUCCAAGGCUGCUACUACCUCUACUACCUUUGACAAUGCCCCCUCUAUCUCUCAGGACCUAGGUGAUAUCACGAUCUCACCGGGAAAUUCAUUCGUUGUCUCAACCUUCUCCUGUCCCGCUGGUGAGACUAUUGCCUUCGAGAUGAAAAAUGCCGGUACCACGGACCUUAACUUCUUUGAGGACUUCAACCCGUCGCCUCUGGGCCUUUUCAUCACUGUCUGCUAA